AGUUGUUGGAGCUCCGAGUUGUCGUUGGGGAGCGACAGCAAGGUCCAGUCAGUCACGGCCGCUACCCUGUGAACAGAUUCUAGUGAAUCCGGGGUAUGUCACGAUAAUUUCAUACCAGAGCUACCUACCCAGCUGUUGAACCCCCCCAGAACAGCCGCAACAAUGGGCGCAGGUCAAUCCAAAACCGACGAGUCCACCAAGCAUGUUUUCGCCAGUGAUACACCAAUUCAAUUUUCUCAAGAGCUGAUAGACUCCCUCCAAGCAUCUUCGGAAACAAACUCGACACGCGCAAAAACACUAGAGCUGCACAUCGCACAACGCGUCGCCACGGAGCUAGAAAAGAUCCGCAAUCACGAAGCUUCAGUCCUCGAGGAGGCACGGAAGAAGAUUGCCGCCAGCGGAGAGACGGCCUCAGACUCGACAUCGUCAGACUCGUCGCUCCUUCAACUCUCGCCGAUAUCUCCGAAAGACCUUCUUCCGGGCUCUGACAGUGACGCGGAAAAGAGAGCCCCAACAAGCCAGAAAGUGCAACAAGAAAUCGAGAAAUUGAAGCAGACGCUGGGACAGCGAAAAUCAUUAAGAGAGGUGCCGAAAGAGGUGGAGAAUGCGAGACAAGAUGUCAUCUCCUGCCUACGGAUAAACGACCGGAAACCGCUCGACUGCUGGAAGGAGGUAGAGAUCUUCAAGCGGGAAGUACGGAAGAUGGAGGAGAACUACGUCUCAUCUGUACUGUAAAGCUAUGUCUCCGUUCCGGGAAGCUUGUAUUCCGCUCGAGGCUUCAACCCAGUGUAUAUAGUUAAAACAGGGUACGGGUACCACAUGCGAAUGGAAUAAAAAUGAUUGCAAUGAACCCUAGGGUUCCGUCCAAA